AUGUGUGUAUUUUCUCUCUCCUCAGUCAUUUCACUUGUCAGACUUUUGGAGAAGGAAAGUGCAAUUUUUUGCAGUCGGAGAAAAAAAAUUCUGAUCGGAAUUCUGAUAAAAUCGGCGGAAUUGACAAAUUCUCAGAGCGAGCGAUGGCGUCUUCGAAGGUGAUGGCUUCAACGUCACCGCCCAAUAGGGAUCAUCCACGUCAGCCUUCGCCCUCCCGAUUAAAUCUCCACUCCGAUCAGAGCCGGGGUUUGGGCUCCAUGAACAUCGACGAUAUCCUCAGGAACAUCUACUCCGAUUCCGAGUCAAUCGUCCUCGAGGACAGCAGCGCCGCCGCGAAUGGGGAAUCGUCGAUGACUCUGGAGGAUUUCCUGGCCAAGGCUGGCGCGGUGGAUGAGGAUGAAGUUAGGGUUUCGGCCGCGGCUGCGACGCCGGCGGCGGCGGGUGGUUUCGGAAUGGAUGCGGCGAAUAUGGUUCACGCUGCUGGGGUUCCGGCGGUUCAUUAUUCACCGGCGAUGGGCGUCCCCGGUGGGGGAUAUGGAGUGGAUUUCGCUGAUGGAACGGCGGCGGUUACCGGCGGCGGCGGAAGGGGGAAGAGAAAGGCGGCCGCCGGAGAGGAGUUUCCGAUCGACAAGGCCACGCAGCAAAAGCAGAAGAGAAUGAUAAAAAAUAGAGAGUCAGCUGCUAGGUCUAGGGAGCGUAAGCAGGCUUAUACAGUGGAGUUGGAGACACUGGUCACUCAACUGGAGGAGGAAAAUGCUAAGCUUUUGGAAGAUGAGGCUGAAUUGAACAAGGAAAGAUACAAGCAGCUUAUGGAGAACCUAAUUCCAGUGGUGGAGAAACGAAGACCAAAACCUCCGAGAGUAAUAAGGAGAGUGCAGUCCAUGGAAUGGUAGGUUUAUCUCUAUUCUAUCUAUGCAUGAGAUCGUAGUAAUGUCGCGAGAAGACGUUCUGGCAUGGGCUCGUUCCGUAUCUGCAUGAUAGUGUAACUAACUACAAGAUGUUGUUUUAUAUAUUUCUUUAUUUAUAUAUAAAAAUAAUAAGUUGUAAUGUAGCUAUUCGGACAUGUAAUAACUCUAUAUAACCCAAAAAAAAAACACAAGACUUUGACAAUUUGUAUGGAUGCCUCCUAUGCAAAUACACAGCUAGACUUUGUACUGUACAUUUCAUGCUUGUAGUUUCUUGUGCUGGUGGUGUAUGUAAUUAUUACUUUAAUUAUUAUUAUAUUUUUUUUAAGUUAU